AUGGCUGGAGGUAACCAUACCAAGGGUUCGUCCUCUCACAAGCCAUCGUCAUCUUCUGUUUCCCACCGGAAGUCCCGCUGGGAGUCCGGCGCCGACAAGAAACCCUCUGUCGCUGGCUCCGGGGCCGAAAAGAAGCCCUUCGCCGCCGGCUUAGGCGACUCCAACAAACCUACACCGCCCAAAUCCUCCUCAACUCCCAAGGAAAAUCCUUCCCCGAAACCCCUUCCAAACCCUAGCCCUAUCCAAGCUACACAACCGAUCGGUCCGGCGCCUCCCGGAGAGCCGCCAUUCCAGUUGUUGGAUGGCCUGGGACCGCCGCCACCGCCGGCAUAUGGUUUCCACAUGCUGGAGCGGAGGACAAUAGUUCUGGCCGAUGGCAGUGUUAGAUCGUACUUCGCGCUGCCGCCGGAUUAUCAGGAUUUUGCUCCGCCGCCGCCGCGUCCGAUGCUGCCUCCUGCUCCGGAAUUGGCUAGUCGGGGGAUGGGGUUCGACCAGCGGUUCCCUCCGCUGGGUCCCAUGAGCCCCGAAUUUCGGGACCGUCAAGAUCCGUACAUGCGUGAGCGAAACCAGGACUAUUGGAAUUCGCUAGGACUCGAUGGCCGCGGAAGUGGGCACUUGCCGCCCCCAGAAAAUUCACUGAAGAGGAAGCUGGGGGAAGAGAGUGAAAGGGGAAGGAGAGAUGAGAGGGAUGGGAUGGACGAAUUUGCGAGACACAGGCAGCGGCUUUUGCAUUAUGGGAAUUUAGGUAUGAAUUCGAAUGGAUAUCCCAUGGGUCCUGGUGGAAGGGUUGAGUUUUUAGCCGGCACUAGCAGUCCCUAUCCACGGGAUGUGGUGGAUGUAGGCAAAGGUGAGGAGUUGAGGACAUCCAAGAUUAUAAGAACUGCUGCUGGGGUUUAUGAGGAUUUGCAUGGAUGCCUUGAAAAAAGCUUUUUGAAUUUUGUGAAAUUGGUGCAUGAGAAUGAGCGUCAGAGGAUUAAUUACUUGGAGAAUGGGAAGCACGGGCCCCUUCAGUGUGUUGUCUGCGGCAGCCUCCUAGGCUUGCAUUUUGAGCUCUAUAAAGGCAAUUUGCCCCAGGCUAAAUUGUUGGAGUGA